AUGGCUUCCAACUUGAACCUCACUGCAAAGACCUUCAAGAGUCUGCACAAGCCACAUCACCCAGUCAUUCUCGCAAACGUGUACGACGGCAUCUCAGCCAAAACAAUUGCAUCUCUGCCCUCUUCAAAGGCCAUCGCAACCGCAAGCUACGCAAUCGCCGAAGCCGCCGGCACCAGCGAUGAGGCACUAACCCUCGAAGAAAACAUCAGAGCUACCAAGAUAAUCGCAUCCGUCAUCAAGGACUCCGGAAAACCAUUGACCGUCGAUAUCCAAGAUGGAUACGGCGAGCAGCUGGAAGACUCCAUCAAACAGGUAAUCGAAGCUGGCGCUGUCGGCGUUAACCUCGAGGACUUCGACAAGGAGAGAAAACAGUUCUACAGCGCUUCCGAUGCAGUCGAUAGAAUCAAGCGGGUUCUAGCCACUGCGACCGCCCUGGGUGUUCCUGAUUUCGUGGUCAAUGCUAGGGCUGACGCCCUUGUAUACGGCGGUGCGUUUGACGAGGUUGUCUCGCGCGGUCAUGCAUUCCUUGAUGCUGGUGCGACAACUGUGUUUGUUAUGGGACCCAUGGAUAGGCCGGUUCCUGGGUCGCUGACAAAAGAAGAGAUCGCGAAGCUGGUGGAGGCAUUUGAGGGUCGAGUGAAUGUGACACCUGGGUUGUUGCCCACCAAGGAAGUUGCUGCUCUUGGUGUUUCGAGAAUUAGUGUCGGGCCGGGACUUCAGUUUGCUGCUGUGGGUGCGAUUAAGCAGGCGGCUGAGCAGACUCUUGAUGCUUGA